AUGCCUCCGUCUAUUUUGAGAGACCCUGGGUUUUUUGGGGGGGUUUCUCAUUCUAAGUCCUUUCUCCAAGCUCUUGCUGGUUCUACUUCUUCCUUUCCUGAUUUGAAACGGUCUACUUUCCGUGGACUUCCUGCUUUGUUGGUUUCUGAUGAUGAAAUUAGGGCUUUAGCGGAACCAUUUAGAUUUUCUUUAGUUGGUUUCUUUCCGGGUAAACGUCCUCCUCUUGAUGCUAUAAGAAAAUUUUUUUUUAACCUAAAGUUGAAUGGAGAUGUUUCAGUUACUGUCCUGGAUUCUACCCAUGUUUUGAUUAAAUUGGAAAAUGAUUUGGACUACUGCAGAAUUUUUUGUCAUCGUUCUUAUUUGGUUUUCAAUUGUUAUAUGAAAAUUACGAAAUGGACGCCAACUUUGGAUAUCGGUGUUGAGUCGCCGAUCAUACCGAUAUGGAUCUCUUUUCCUCAUCUCCGACCGCAUUUUUUUGCUCCGAGGAUUCUUUUUGGACUGGGGGAAUUAUUUGGUAAACCUCUGAAAAUCGACGAAGCUACGUCGGUUGGCUCUCGUCCCUCGAUUGCCCGUGUUUUAGUAGAAAUCGAUAUUACAAAAAAUUAUCCUAAACAAGUUUGGCUAGGAUCUGAUUUAUUAGGGUAUGCUCAAGAGGUGGUUUUUGAUGAUUUUCCUCAUUUUUGUGGUGUUUGUAAAAAAUUGGGGCAUAUUUCUGGUAACAAUCAGCAAUACAUUGAAGUAUCACCGCUUUUUACAGGAAUCUCAACUACAGUGUAUACCCUUCCUCAACAAUCCACGGACAGGCCACAAACUUCCAACCACCACUCAUGUUCCACGCACCAGCAAGAUGUCAAUCCCCCAGAACAAGCACCUUACCUAGCGAUCUACUAUCCACUUAACGACCGCCAAUAG